UGCACAGGUUUAAAAGGCCUGUGAGGUCACUGAGUGCUCACCUCCUUCAUCCUUCAAGGGCUCUGUCCACUCUGACCUCCAACCCGAGCAGCCUCCUAAGAAGAUGGAUCGAGUCCUCAUUCUCCUGACCUUUCUUCUGCUGCUUGGAGGAGCUGGUGCAGAGGAGAUCAUCGGGGGCCAUGAGGUCAAACCCCACUACCGCCCCUACAUGGCGUUUAUUACAUUUGUGAAAGAUGAUGGCAGAAGUGAUGGCUGUGGAGGCUUCCUGGUGCGAGACAACUUUGUGCUGACAGCUGCUCACUGCAUGGGAAGCGCAAUGAGAGUCACUCUAGGAGCCCAUGACUUCAAGAUGCGGGAGGAGACCCAGCAGGCCAUCCCUGUGGCAAAAGCCAUCCCACACCCAGACUACAAUCCUAAGGAUGGCUCCAAUGACAUCAUGCUCUUAAAGCUGGAGAAGAAGGCCAAGAGGACUAAAGCUGUGAAGCCCCUCAACCUGCCCAGGCGUAAUGUCCAAGUGAAGCCAGGGGACGUAUGCUAUGUGGCUGGUUGGGGAAAGAUGGACCCAAAGGGUGACUUUUCAAACACACUUCAAGAGGUAGAGCUGACAGUCCAGAAGGACCAGGAGUGUGAGUCUCGCUUUCAAGGUUACAACAAAGCCACUGGGAUCUGUGUGGGGGACCCAAAUGUCAAUCGUGCUUUCUUUAAGGGCGAUGAUGGAGGACCUCUCGUGUGUAAAAAAGCAGCUGCAGGCAUUGCCUCUUUUGGUGGUCCUGAUGGGUCUGCACCCAUGGUCUUCACCAGAGUGUCAAGUUUCCUAUCCUGGAUAAAGAAAACAAUGAAAAGCAGUUAACUACGGAGCAAACCAGACCCCUCCCUGACUCACCGUCUUCCCUACAGCUGAGUCCAGGAUUGUCCUUGGACAGAAGCUAGCAAUUCAAUAAAUGUGUCUUUGCAGAAUCAUAA